AUGGAUGAACAACAAGAUAAUGAUAAUGAUAACACCAACAUAGACAUCGACAAUAAUGACAAUAUAGAUAUAACAUCACCAUCACCAUCUACAACAACAACUACAACGACAACAACUACAACAACUGCAAACAAAGAUGUACAUAAUAAUAAUAUUAAUAAUGAAGAUAUAGUUGAUGAAGAUGAGAUUUAUGAUGAUGAUGAAGAAGUUGACAAUGAGGAAGAGGUAGAUGAUAAUGAGGCACCAGAGGAUGAGGAAGAAGAAGAGGAGGAGGAGGAAGAUACACAGAUUACAACACGCACACCAACAAGAGCAAGCAAAGGAAGGAUGAUGACGAGAAUGGCAACUAGAAGAUCACAUUCACAAGUUGAGGAGCCUGUUGAGGAGGAGGAAGAAGAGGAGGAUGAUGAAGAGCAGGAGGAUGAGGAGGAUGAGGAGGAUGACGAGGAGAUGGUCGAGCGCAUCGAUGAUGAGAGCGACUCGCAAGAGGAUGACGACGAAAGCAAUGAUGACGACGAUUCAGACAGCGACGAAGAUAACACUGUUGCACGUGGCAAGAGCAAGAAGCGCAAGCGUGGACAGAAUGAUGAUCAAACGGACGAGCAGCAGGAGGCCGACAGACAAGCUGCUGUGGCCGCCGCGCAAAAGGAUGUGUUCCGCAUGCCUGAGGACUACCUCAUCCCAAUCAAGAUCGACCUGCAGAAUGGAAUCUACCGACUCUCCGACUCGUUCCUUUGGAACUUGAAUGAGCAAGCGAUCACACCAGAGCAGUAUGCCAAGAACCUCUGCAUGGACAUUGACUAUCCCGAGUGGUUCGACGAGAUGGUGGCCCAAUCAAUCAUCACUCAAAUCAACUCACAUCGCGAGAUCAUGAAACGACUCGAACAAAUGCUGCCUCAUCUCGGUAGUGAACGUCUUGUCCCAAUAUUCCUCGACCUCACAGUCAAUGGACUUAACCUCAAGGAUCAAUUCGAAUGGGACUUGUUGUCAUCAAACAGUGUGGAGGCUUUUGCCAAGUCACUAUGUCUGGAUCUGGGACUGUCGCGAGAGUUUGAGAAUGCUAUAUCAUUCGCCAUUCGCGAGCAGAUACAGUUCUACUUUAGUCAGCUGACGAUCAACCCCGAGAGAUUCCCUGUUCGUCCACCACUGGGCGUUCAACAGGUGAUCCGUAACGACUUUGAACUGCUGGUAUGGACGCCAUCCGUGCAGCGACAAGGUCAUACACCAUUCCCCUUCCCAUCAAUCAUGAUACCUCAACAUAUGACUCGCAAAUAA